AUGGCGUCCUCGUGGUCUGACGCCCCUCCUGCCUCGUGGUCUGACGCCCCUCCUGCCUCGUGGUCUGACGCCCCUCCUGAGGAGGCCCGCGCGCUCGACGUGUGGCCGCUCGACGAGAGCAACGUCAAGCUGCUCGACGCCGUCCGUCCUCGUGCCUGGGAGGGCCCGACUGAGGCGGAAGCGGCCGGAGAGUACGACAUCAUCGCAAUCGGCUCGGGCGCGGGCGGGCUGGUGACGGCCAAGCAGGCGGCGCGGCGCGGUGCGCGCUCUGCGCUCAUCUCGGGCCACCUCGCGGGCGGCGACUGCCUCAACGUCGGCUGCGUCCCGUCCAAGGCGCUGCUCCACUGCGCGCGGGCUGCGCGGGAGGCAAGGGCGGCGCUGGCCGAGGGGUUCCUGGUCGCCGCUGACGGUACCGCGCCCAAGCUGGAGGUCGAUUUUGACGCCGUGAUGGCGCGGAUGCGCCGGCUGCGCGCCCACAUCGCGCCCGCCGACUCGCACGAGGGCUCUGCGGCGGCGGGCGCGCACGUGUACCAAGGCUGGGCAAGGUUCUCCGGGCCCGACACGGUGGUGGUCAACGAGCGCACGCUCCGCUUCAAGAAGUGCGUCAUCGCGACGGGAGGCCGCGCCGCGGUGCCGCCCACGCCCGGCCUCGCCGCCGCCCCUUACGUCACCAACGCGACGCUCUACAACCUGACUGCGCUCCCUCCGCGGAUGGUCGUGCUCGGCGCGGGCGUCAUCGGGAUGGAGAUGGCGCAGGCGAGGCGCUUAGGCGCCUUCGCCGCCUUUGGCUCUCAAGUGACGGUGCUCGCUCGCUCGGCGGUCCUGUCCAAGGAGGAGCCGGCGGCGCGAGAGGCGGUCGUCAAGGCGCUCGAGGCCGACGGCGUCGCCUUCGUGCAGACGCUGCGGCAGCAGCCAGACGACCCGCGCGCCUUCCCUCUGCUCAAGCUCGUGCUGGGCGGCGGCGGCGGCGUCCCGGCGGAGCUGGAGUGCGAGGCGCUGCUGGUUGCGACGGGCCGCACGCCGAACGUCGACGGGCUCGGCCUCGACGCGGCGGGCGUGGCGCACUGCGGCAAGGAGGGCAUCGCGAUUGACGACCUCGGAGCCACGUCCAACCCGCGCGUGUACGCGGUCGGCGACUGCGCGGCGGGCGUGCCUCGCUUCACGCACAUGUCUGGCGAGAUGGCCAAGCUGGCCGUGCAGAACGCGCUCUUCGGCGACGGCUGCAAGGUCUCCUCGCUCGUGGUGCCGCGCUGCUGCUACACCGAGCCCGAGGUCGCCUCCGUCGGGCUGACGAGACGCGACGCCGAGGCGGCCGGCGUGGCGGUCGACACGUACUCCUCGUCGCUCGAGCACAACGACCGCUUCAUCCUCGAGGGGCAGGCGGCCGGAGGCGGCAUCGUCGAGAUCCACUGCUCCAAGGACACCGACACCAUCGUCGGCGCGACCGUCGUCGCCGCCGGCGCGGGCAACAUCAUCAACGAGGUGACCCUCGCCAUGCAGGCUGGGGUGGGGCUGGGCGCGGUUGCGAGGGUCAUUCACCCGUACCCGACCGUCGGGGAGGGAGUCAUGCAAGCCGGCCUUGGCUACAUCCGCAGGCAUUGGGCCAAGCUCAACUGA